AUUCCACGGCAUUCAUACGUAAGUAAGACAACACUACACCUGCUCGGCAGCAAAAUGAUUCAGUAUAAAAGCCCCCAAAGUGAAUUCAGACAGAUCAGUAUUGCUGCGAAUUUAAACUGGUCACCGUUAGUUAAAGUUAAAUAAUUUAAUAACAUAUUGAAAAUUUAAAAAAUGUCUCAAGUGGUUAAUGUGGUGGCGAUUUUAUGCUUGGCAUUAGUUGCCAUGGCUCAAGAUUACGACGAAUAUAAUUAUUCAGGAAAACCGCGUCCAGCACCAAUUAGGCUUCGGCAAGGAAAUGAACCAGCCCCAACUCCAGUACCAAUUCUUAAACAGAUAAACAGGCACAAUGAAGAUGGCUCGUACACGUACGGGUACGAAGGAGCCGAUGGAUCGUUUAAAAUUGAAACGAAAUCCCCCACAGGAGAAGUAAAGGGAAAAUAUGGAUAUGUCGAUGAAACAGGAAAGGUGCGCGUGGUCGAGUAUGGUGCCAAUAAAUUUGGUUUCCAACCUUCAGGUGAAGGUAUUACUGUUGCCCCACCAACUCUAGUCGAUGAAACUACCAAUAAAGAUGGUCUUACUGUGGACUACGAAGAUGAGCCUCAACCUCAACAGAAACCAUACAUUGCUAGAGUUGCACGGCCUCAAGCACAUCGCCCAAGACCUCAACCACAACAGCAGCAGUAUGUUGAAUAUGAACAUGAACAAUUCCAACCGCAAGAACGUGCACCCGCUCCUCAAGCUAGACCUGUUCAAUUAGCCAGAAGUCACUUUUCCGAUUCACCUGUACCUCCUCGAGCACAAGUUCCUGGAGCUGCACCGACUUCCGAUGUCGUGUAUUCCCGCGAACAACGACCUGCACGUCCCGAUCCAUCAUAUCAUCAACGUCACACAUUCACCGGGUUUGGUGCUGGUAUCCCAAAUCAGCCAACUGCACGAGUUGCAUACCAAGAACAACCUGCCUAUCAAUCUCCAGCUCCCCAAGAAAUUCAAUAUUCUGCUCCUAGAGCUGCUGCUCCUCUUCCCAAUUAUUCACGCCCACAAUCAGCUGCGCGAAGUUCGAGUGUUCUCGAUCAAUUAGCUAAGGACUAUGCUCUACCACAGGGAGGAGCACCCCCACUUCAUGAUAUCACUUUUGGUUAUUACUAAAAAAAAAUUUUAAUGAUCGUAGAAGUGAAAGCAAAACGGGGUAGUUUUUUGUAUAAUGUUAAGAUCGUUGUGACAAAAAAAAUCGUAUUAUUUAUGUGAAGUAUACCACAUGCCUAAGUGAAUAUAAAAUUUUAUAAAUUGCGUCAUCUCAAAACUGUAUGAGACUAUAGCAGUAAGACUACAGGGCACAUUUUACAAAUUACAAUUUUAAAGAAUAAUCUCUAAAUAUUAAUGUGAAGUUCUUUAAAACUCAUUUGUAUAUGUUAGAUCUGUUUGUAAUUUAUCAAUAAAAAAAUUGUCAAAUUUA